AUAGAUAAAUGCAGACGUCUGUGGGUGAUCGACUGCGGCGUGGUUGACAUCGGCAACACUUUCCAGCACAAGUGCCCCCCGCAACUUUUAGUUUUCGAUCUCAGAACGGACAAGCUCAUCGCCCGCCACCGUUUCAAUGUGCCUGCGAAAGACAACGAGACCACUUUCAUGCUGAACGUGAUUGCUGAGCAAAAGGGCGGUUUCUGCAGCGACGAUGCCUUCGCGUACAUCGCGGACACAGGCGCCUUCGCAAUGUACGUCUUCAGCCUCCGCUCUAAGAGGUCUUGGAGGAUAGAGAGCGAGACCUUCCUUCCAGAGUCCAAUGCAGAGCGCAUCGAGGUCAAUGGUUCGACUUUGAUGUUGCAAGACGGCGUGUUGGGCUUGGCCCUGAACGACAGGGAUGACUACUUGUACUACCACUCGUUCUCCAGCUUCCAAGAGGGCAGAGUGCUCAAGACUGUGCUUCAGGAGGAAGCACUUUUCGCCGACGGAAACAACAGCGCCGCCGAGGAAUUCAGUUACAUUGGAAGGCGACAAUCACAGAGUGCUGGGGAAGCGCUGGCAAUGAACUCUGUGAUGUUUUUUCACCAAAUGGCAACGGAAUCCAUGUACUGUUGGGAUACAUCUACUGAAUAUACGAGCGACAAUCACCAUGUUGUAGAACAUGACAGCACACACCUUAAAUUCGUAACGUCUGUGAAAUCAAUUUCUCAAGGUUAUCCUGAAGAGAUAUGGGCCAUUGAUAACAACGGGCAACGCGUCUUUGCUGGAGAGUUCAAACCUAACCAGCCUCAUACCGUAAAUAUUGUGCGGGGCUCUGCGAGUGAUUGGUCAUCGAAAUGUAAAGGUGAAUGGUAUAGUUGGAUCUUCGAAUUUUGUAAUUUCGUUUGGUGGUAAAUUGCUCUCCCCGUAAAAUCAAGUAGAAGGCACAGAGAAUAAAUGGACUUCGUAUGAAUAGAAGAGACAAGUGGCAAUGAAGUUUUCAGUAAUCCCCUUUCAAACUACAAUGUACAGUUCGCUGUACCUGAAGACAUACCCAUGGAUUGUAAACACAUUACAGUUAGCAUUGACUAUGAAAGGGACAAUCCCAGUUCUCAUACAGUUAACUGCGCCUACCAUAGCGCGAUUUUAUGUGGAAUUUUUUAUUAUCACAUUUUACUUGUCAAUAAAAUUAUUCAUCAUUAACUUUGUAAAAAAUAUAGGUUGUAGUUAAUAGUAAUUGAUGGUAAAAGAGAGUACAAGAUGC